UUUUUUUUGUAACUCAAAGCCGUCACUAAAAUAAAUUGGGUAAGGGCUCUCAUUUCUACAUCAUAUUACUUCCUGAAAAUGGGUCCUAACACCAAAUAUGUAUGAGAAAAAGAAUAAGGUGGUCGCUUCUGUCCAUUGUUCGUCUAAAUUCUAUCAAAACACCUCAAUACUCUUGUUUUCAUGGCAUGGUGACGGACAUGAGAUUGUUGUAUACAAAUCACUUGUCAGUUCUGGCGGCUAUGAUAUCAACAGAUGUUAGCGGAAAGUUUAUAUUGCAGCAUUAAAUUGUCAUCGUUUGGGGGGAUGGAGAUGCAGUC